UUUAAAUUAUAAAUAUAAGAGAUUUAAAUAAAACAAAUCUAAGCAUUAGACACACACUGACUGUGGAAUUUCAAAACUACAUACAUAUAUUUUCAAUAUUGAUAAUUUAAGCACGAUAAUGUAUGCGACGAGGAGUUAGAUGUUAACGUUUACAAUGAGGAAUUGAACGCACCAGGGUUCUAGCAACGACUAAAAACACCAACAUACUCUUUGUGAGUUUUAUCAUUAUGCUGAAAUAUCUAGUGUGACUGUUCAGAAAUGUGCCCGAAUAUUAUACGAGAUUCAUGGAUUAAUUUAUUGAAUUUUUUUUAGUAUAUGGUAUUAGCAUUAGUUAGUACUAGCAUGACAACAUGGGAGUAAAACCAGGACAACGUCUUUCUUCUGACGAGCAAAAAGAUCUGGCCCAAAGACUCACCGCCUUUCUGCACCAGUACAGGUUCUUAUCGGAGUCGUAUGUGAUUGAGUUCUUCACUGAGGAUUUGUGGCACCAGUUACCUGUCAGCUGGCAGUCUGUCCUGCAGAACCUGUCCUACCCUCAGACUGCAGACCUGCUGCUGGACGCUGACUAUCAACCCAGGAGGUAUCCGUGCGUGUGGCCGCUGUCCCUACUGGCUUUCCGGGCCUCGGCCCACGCGCUCACCUUUCCCAGACACUCCUGGCGGGGUGCGGGCGCCACGGACGCUUCAGCCAGGCCGCAAGAGUUCCGCGACAAUCCGCACCAGAGCUCCCUGCUGGCCCACAUCUUCCGCAAGCACGUCAAGCCCAAGAAGCAGCACGAGAUCCGCGAGCUGGGCGCGCUGGUGGAGCAACUCUGCGAGCAGACUGGGUGCAAGCGAGUGGUGGACGUAGGCUCCGGACAGGGCCAUUUGACUCGCUUCCUGUCGUUCGGGUGCGGUUUGUCCGUGACCGCCAUUGAGGCUGAUCCCACCUUGGUUGCCACGGCGACCAAGUUUGACGGAGAGCUACUACUGGCGCUGAAGAAGGAAGAACAGAAACGGAAGUGUUCUUAUGAGCUGCCAUCAUCACCUCGCCACGUGACAGGUUGGGUGGACCCCAAGGCAUCAUGGGAGGUUUUCGUCAAACAGCUGGAAGGUCACGUUAUUCCAGCGGGACACUGCAAAAAGCGAGCACGGGUGUCGCCAUGCUGCGCCACGCUUGACUCCAAAUCAUCCGGUCCUCCUGGGGACGAGUCUUGUGACGGGUCAGACUUUGUCCUGACCGGUCUGCACGCCUGCGGGGACCUCAGCCCCACCCUCCUCCGUCAUUUCGUCAAAUGCCCCCACAUCCGCGCCAUCACCUCUGUGGCGUGCUGCUACAUGAAACUCUCCACCCAGGAGCAGCCCGCCCCUCCGGGCGUGGUGGGACCGCCGCCGUCGACCUCAGACCGGGACCCGCCGCGCUCCGACUUUGGCUACCCUAUGAGCGAGCACGUGCGGGCAUUGCCGGGACACGAGCUGUCCUACAAGGCGCGGGAGGGGGCGUGUCACGCCGUGGAGCACUACAUCAGGAGGCUGCGGGAGGAGAGCGCCCUGCUGCGCACGCACUGCUACCGCGCCAUGUUGGAGACCUUCGUCACGGAGGCCAGGCCGCAGCUGCGCAGGGCGGGGAUCCAGACGGUGAAGAAAGCCCACUUGCUAACCUUCACUGAGUACGCCAAGUUGGGUCUGGCCCGGGUCGGCCUGCCCCCCUCCCUCCCUCUUGACCCGGGCUGCGUGGAGCGCAUGCUGGCGCAGCAAGGCAAGGUGGUCGUCUACUUCAGCCUGGCUCUGCUGCUGGCUCCUGUGGUAGAGACGCUGGUGCUGCUGGACCGCAUGAUCUACCUGCAGGAGAACGGUGUGGACAGUCAGCUGCUGCCUCUUUUUGACCCGGAUUUUUCCCCAAGAAACUUUGUGCUGGUGGGUCUGAAGACCGGAGGCUAGCAAAGAAACAAACACUUGAAGCUGCAAUAUGUACUUGAGUUCUUUUAAAAUAUAUAUAUAUAUUUUAACAGGUUUUUUUAAAACAACAAAUACUAUGGUUUAGUUUUCAGCAUUAGUGCUGAUUUUCUUUUCAAUUUGAUACCAAGUCAAAUUCAGGCUGGUAUCGACGAUACCAAUCCGAUACUUUGUGCACAUAAACCUAACAUGUCUGCUAAAAUUUUUAAAGUUGUGUAUUUUCAAAUAAUAACAUAUUUACCUAAAAAAACACAGUGCAAAUGUAAGAAAAAAUCGUAAUGUAAUGCAUACUUGCCAACCUUGA